UUUUGAGUAAAACGACGUCGUUAGUUUCUUCACACACUUUCCUCAUAGACAUCGAAGUCGAACAAGGUUUUGGGGGUUUUUCACAAACAGAGAGCUUCUAGGUCGUGUUCGUGUUUGAUCAGAGGGUCGAAACUUGAAGUGCUUUUAGCUUCCUAUCCUCCUCUCUCUGCUAUAUCAGCAAGCGUUUCCAGAUGCCUCGGAGACCAUCAGGAGGAAGAAGGUUCAUAAAGCACCAACCUUUAGCAUUUUCACCGUUUAUGCGGUCACUUGCUUUAGCUUCAAGGCGUAAACUGCAUCGUCAUCAACAAGAAGAUGACUCUCCACGUUCUGAAGAGCUGAUGUCUUUUGAUCAAAAGCUCCCAACUUUGUCGAAAAAGGAGCAAAAAGAACAGCUUUCAGACUCCUCUGAUGAAGAAGACUCUCAGGGAGAUGUACAAGCAGAUUUUGAGUUCUUUGAUCCUAAGCCAACAGACUUCAACGGAGUCAAGAUUCUUUUAAAGAACUAUCUAGAUGACAAGGAGUGGGACUUGAGCAGCUUUGUUGAUCUGGUACUGGAGCAGACAACAGUAGGAACCGUAGUGAAAGUAGCAGAUGAUGAGGACGAGUCUGUGUUCGCUGUCGUCUCUGCUCUUAACUUGGCGAGAUACAAGGAGCACAAGUGCUUUAGAGAGUUGAAAGAGUUUCUUCUUCAAGUCUGUUCGGAGAAGAGUGUAGCUAAAGAUCUUGGAGUGAUGUUGGAGAAGAAGGCACAUGAUGUUGGUAUCUUGGUGUCUCAGAGAGUGAUGAACCUUCCUCCGCAGCUUCUUCCUCCGCUGUACGAUGGGUUGUUUGAUGAAGUAUCGUGGGCUACGGAAGACGAGCCUACCGAGGAGCUUCGUGGCUCGUUCCGGUUCAAGUGGUAUCUGCUUGUCACCAAGAUUUACAAGCUGAAGAAUCCCAAGCAGAGGAAGCCUCGUCGUGGUGAAGAAGAGGAGGAGGAAACAGUAUUCCUUAAGCCAGAAGAUGAACUCUUUCUCCAGUUGAGUUCUUGGUCUUUCACGUACCCUAUGCGCUCACAGCUUGUGACUUCUCAUGAAAUGAAGAAUUAUCAGCUGAUGGGACUAGUGAUGGCUGUGGAAGCAAAAAGGAUUCCUGAGUUCAGACAGAUGCUGAAUUCUCUCAUUGAUUGAAUGAACAUUGGUCAUCUUCUUGAGGAAUCUUUAAGUUGGUUGUUUGUUUAUUGAUUAACCGCCAGUUUUGAUAGUGGUUUUUUCCAGCAUAGUUCUAAUGUUUUGUUGUUUUAUCCAGCAAUCUUAUGUCAUUGGGAACUCUAAGUUUCAUGUGUCUGAAUCAUUAAUGUUUUAUACCAUCUCCAUUAUCCAGCAA